UUCCAACUGUGCGUUUCUACUGCAGUAGAUUACUUGCAGACUGAUUUUUACUUGUCUGUACUCUCCUCCCUGCUAGGAUUCUACCUGUUCGAGUGUUGAACCACAACCUGACAUCAUCCCUCUUGUGUCAAGCCUCACGUCUUUACAUAUAUAUAGACAUACCAGAGCUGUCACCAUGGCUAGCCGAACAAAUCUGGCUCGAUUGACGAGACAAAAUGUCUUGCGAUCCGUCCACAAUGUGCAAAAGCCUCUUUUAUCGUCACGCGCCUAUUCCGCCGUUGCCCUGACAUCGCAGAGAGCUCUGCUGCGUCCUCAAAGACCAGUGCAAUUUACUAGAGUCCAAUCCCCAGAGUUCAAACUGUCUCUGCAACAAACUCGUCAUUAUGCCGAUACAAUCGUCAAGGUGCCCGAGAUGGCCGAAUCUAUCACCGAGGGUACAUUGAAACAGUUCUCGAAACAGGUUGGAGAUUUCGUGGAACGCGACGAGGAAAUUGCGACUAUCGAGACCGAUAAGAUCGACGUUGCUGUCAACGCUCCCGAAUCUGGCACUAUCAAGGAACUCCUCGUCAAUGAAGAAGAUACCGUUACUGUUGGCCAGCCAAUUGUGAAACUCGAGCCCGGCUCUGGAGAUGGUGCCGCUGCGGCCGAAAAACCCAAGGAUGAGCCUGCGCCCCAAAAGACCGAAGAGAAGACCGAAACCGCUCCCUCCAAGCCAGAGACCAAGGAACCAGCGGCCCCCUCAAAACCUGAGCCUGUCCAAGAGAAGAAAUCAGAGCAGCCCAAGCCUAAACCUGCAGAAUCAAAAAAGACGGAACCUGAACCCAGCAAGCCUGCACAGCCCGGAAGCCGUGAAGAGCGACGUGUCAAAAUGAACCGUAUGCGACUACGUAUCGCCGAGCGUCUGAAGCAAUCCCAGAACACCGCUGCUUCUCUCACUACAUUCAAUGAAGUUGACAUGUCCUCGCUCAUGGAGUUCCGCAAACUCUACAAGGAUGACGUCUUGAAGAAGACUGGGGUCAAGCUCGGCUUUAUGUCUGCGUUCUCUCGCGCUUGUGUCCUCGCUAUGAAGGAAUUACCCGCCGUUAAUGCUUCCAUCGAGGGACCUAACGGCGGUGACACCAUUGUCUACCGCGACUACGUCGAUAUCAGCGUUGCUGUUGCUACUGAGAAGGGUCUUGUUACCCCUGUUGUGCGCAACGCAGAGACCAUGGAUAUGGUUGGUAUUGAGAAGGCUAUUGCUGAUCUCGGAAAGAAGGCCCGUGACAACAAGUUGACCAUUGAGGAUAUGGCUGGCGGUACAUUCACCAUCAGCAAUGGUGGUGUUUUCGGAUCUAUGAUGGGCACUCCCAUCAUCAACUUGCCUCAGACAGCUGUCCUCGGUUUGCACGCUAUCAAGGAACGCGCCGUCGUCAUCAACGGCAAAGUCGAAAUUCGCCCAGUAUGCGAUAUACUCCUAUAAACUUGCAAUGUACCUCCGUACUAACAUGUCUCUGCAGAUGAUGUAUCUCGCUCUCACCUACGACCACCGUCUGCUCGAUGGCCGGGAAGCCGUCACAUUCCUUGUCAAGGUAUGUCGACAUCCUUCACCUCGUAUCUCCAGCUCAAUACUAACCCUCUAUAGGUCAAGGAAUACAUCGAAGAUCCCCGUCGCAUGCUGUUGGGCUAAAUCCCGCAUCUUAAGCCGUCGUUUGAAGGAGGUGGAAUAGUAUAGAAGGAGACAUCAUUUAGCGGAAAAUUGUGUAACUUGGUGUGGUUGUCGUUAAUCUGACUUUUGUAGAUUAGUCCCUUUUGCGUAUACAUUGAACACUUUCAUUUGUAUUGAGCUGUUCCGUCCAAGUUUUUCGCCUGUUGCCGUGGGGAGAUAUUAAAUAUAUAAUCGUCGCGUCGCGU